AAAGGUAGAGCACUAAGGAAGGACACAACACUGAAAACACUGCACUCUGCAGCAAGAGUUGCGAGUCUUGUGACCAUUCUCUUCAUAUCCUUAUAAAUUUUAUUUGUUUUCUUGAAUUGUCCAACUACUUAGUUAGAAGGCAGGCACCUGCUUCUCCAACUCAAGAUUUUAUCAGCACAUUUUUAUAGGGAAUGAUCAGAAAAAUGAUAGCCCUUUUUGGUAUAGUGAUAUUAGCACUGAUUUAUAAGGCAAUUAUGCCACCACCUCCCAAGAUUUGUGGCUCACCUAAUGGACCACCAAUUACAGCACCAAGAGUCAAGCUUUCUGAUGGCAGAUAUUUGGCUUAUAAAGAAAAUGGUGUUCCUAGAGACCAAGCAAAACAUAAAUUUGUUUUCAUCCAUGGAUUUGAUUGUGUUAGACAUGAUGUUGCUCUGCUCACCACUAUUUCUCCUGAGGUUAUGCAGAGUUUGGGAAUAUAUAUUGUGUCAAUUGAUAGACCAGGUUAUGGAGAAAGUGAUCCUCAUCCCCAAAGAACACCAAAGACCUUAGCUCUUGAUAUAGAAGAGUUAGCUGAUCAAUUGGAAUUGGGAUCUAAAUUCUAUGUUAUGGGAUUUUCUAUGGGUGGACAAGCUGUUUGGGGCCUUCUUAAGUAUAUUCCUCACAGAUUGGCUGGAGCAAUUCUUCUAACCCCAGUGACUAACUACUGGUGGAAAAGUUUUCCUGCAAACUUGACUAAACAGGCAUAUUAUGAGCAGCUUGUACAAGAUCAAUGGACACUUCGGAUUGCUCACUAUCUCCCAUGGUUGACAUAUUGGUGGAACACUCAAAAGUUAUUUCCUUCUUCUAGUGUGGCAUCUUUCAGUGAGGAUAUUCUUUUCGAACAAGACCGAAUACUAAUGCCUGUCUUUGAUUCCUAUCAGAGUAAAUAUCGGGACCUGGUAAGACAACAAGGGGAGUAUGAAUCAAUCCACCGCGACCUAAUGAUAGGUUUCGGGACAUGGGAAUUCGAUCCUAUGGAACUCGAAAACCCUUUCCCUAAUGGUGAAGGUUCUGUUCAUAUUUGGCAAGGUGAUGAAGAUGGUCAUGUACCUUUCAUUCUACAACGUUACGUCACGCAGAAACUACCAUGGGUUCAUUAUCAUGAAAUGAAAAGAGGAGGUCAUAUGUUUCCAUGGGCUGAAGGAAUGGGAGAUAAAAUUAUGAAGACUUUCUUACUUGGAGAGCCCUUUGUUCUAUAAAACUAAACUAUGGAGCUGGUUUAGUAUUGAACCAAACGACUCUGUCAUUGAACAUUUCAAUAUUUAUUAACAAGUAUAUACCAGUUAAGUUGUCUAUGAUAAAGUCAUGAAAACAUACUUAGAGAGCCCUUUGUUGCUCAGACUUUCCGAAAAUGUAGCAUGGUGCGUGUCGGAUCUUCCAAAAGUAGUGCAUUUUUGGAGGACCUGAUACGGAUGCGACAGCAUUUUGGGAGUCGGCGCAACAUAGGCCCUUUGUUCUAUAAAACUAUACUAUGGGGCUUGUUUAGUAUUGGAUUCAAUGACUCUUUGUUAUUGUACAAAUUUGAAUAUUUGUCAAUAUUAUCAAAUGAUUGUUUAGUUGCUUUAUUCAAGUAAUGAAUGGUUAUGUGUUAAAACUCC